UUAUUUAGGAAAAUAUCGCCAACAUAAUUCGAUAAAUAAUAAAUGUCUUGAAAUUGACUUCCUUUAAAGUGUAAUAUGGAUAUUGAAUUACCUUAUCUUGCUGAGUAUGCAAGAACUGGACGAGCCACUUGCAAAGGAUGUAAAAGUACUAUAUCUAAAGAUACUCUUCGGAUUGCUGUCAUGGUUCAAUCUGCAUUUCAUGAUGCCAAAGUUCCGAAUUGGUUUCAUAAAACCUGCUUUUUUAAAAACCAGCGUCCCAGCUCAGUAGGAGACAUACAAAACAUUGGAAAUCUCCGAUUUGCCGAUCAAAAGGAAUUAACGGAUCUUGUGGAAAAUAUACAAGAAGUUAUAAGCGCACAAUUAGGAAAAAAGCGAUCGAAGGCUUUUAACUUAGCAUUAAAAGACUUUGGGAUUGAAUAUGCAAAAUCUAGUCGAUCGACGUGUCGUGGAUGUGAACAAAAAAUAAACAAGGAUCUAGUUCGCUUACGUAAAACUGUUUAUGAUACUGAAGUUGGUAUGAAGUACGGAGGCCAACCUUUGUGGCAUCAUUUGGAAUGCUUCGCCCAAUUGCGCUCUGAGCUUGGCUGGUUUGCGUCAGGUGAAGAUAUGCCAGGAUUUCAGAGCUUAGCAGAUGAUGAUCAAGCGAAAGUUAAAAACGCCAUACCACCAAUAAAAUCUGAAGAACUACCAGAUACAAAAAGAGCUAAGAUGGAAUUAUCAGAUACAAAUGAAGAAGGAGAAAAGAAACAACGCUUAAAAGAUCAAAAUGAUGCCUACUUCAGGUUUCGCGAUGACAUUAAAAAUAAAAUGAAGAAGAAAGACAUUGAUAUACUUCUAAAGUUUAAUAAUCAACAACCUGUAACUGGUGACACAGAAAAGUUAUUUGAUCAAACUGCCGAUUUACUGACAUUCGGAGCUAUUGAAUCAUGUUCUGAAUGCAACAGCUGUCAGUUUAUUGUUAAUAAAUCUGGAUAUAUAUGUAAUGGAAAUCAUUCUGAGUGGACCAAAUGUAACAAGCUGCUAAAAGAGCCAACAAGAUCGGCAUGCAUAGUGCCAAAAGAACUUAAAGCAUUAUAUAAUUUUUUGAAUACCGUGAAAGAAAUUCCAUCUACACGGAUCUUUAAUAACUUUCCUCCCAAUAAAAGUACCUUUUCUAGAAGUCUUUUGAAAACGAAUAAAAACAAUGAUGUUUUGGUUAGGCCAACAAUACCUCGUAUAAGUCCGCCAUUAUACAAUUUAAAGUUUUCAAUUAUAGGCUUAAAGAACCAGCAUAAAGAGCUAAGAAAGCGAAUAGAAAAUUUGGGCGGUAAAUUUGAAGUUAAAAUAUCGGAAAACACGAUAGCAAUAAUAUCAACAGAAUUAGAAAUACAAAAAAAAUCCACCCGUAUGAAGUUUGCAGAAGAGCUCGGAAUUCAUAUUGUGCCCAUUGAAUUUUUAGAUUUUGUUGAAGCCGAUACAGAAGGAGCUAUUAAAUAUAUAAAUAGCACAUGUAUUUGUAGUUGGGGAACAGAUCCAAAAUCCAGAAUUCCAAAGGAAACAACAAAAAGUUUAAAUUCGAACAGUAUAUAUACAAAAUCCAUGCCAGUAUCACGGACAUUUAAAGUAAAAGAUGGCCUAGCUGUUGAUCCGGACAGUGGGCUCGAGGACAUCGCCCAUGUUUACGUGGACAGUAACAAUAAAUACAGUGUUGUUCUUGGCUUAACUGACAUUCAGAGAAAUAAGAACUCCUACUACAAAGUUCAGCUUUUAAAAGCGGAUAAAAAGGAGAAAUAUUGGAUUUUUCGUUCAUGGGGUCGAAUUGGAACAAAUAUUGGAAACUCAAAACUUGAAGAGUUCGACACGAGCGAGUCUGCAAAAAGAAAUUUUAAAGAAAUAUAUGCAGAUAAAACUGGAAAUGAAUACGAGCAACGAGAUAACUUUGUUAAAAGAACAGGUCGAAUGUACCCAAUCGAAAUUCAAUAUGAUGAUGACCAAAAGUUGGUAAAACACGAAAGCCAUUUCUUUACUUCCAAAUUAGAGAUUUCUGUGCAAAAUUUAAUAAAGCUGAUUUUUGAUAUUGACUCAAUGAAUAAAACAUUGAUGGAAUUCCAUAUCGACAUGGAUAAAAUGCCGCUGGGCAAGCUCAGUGCUCAUCAAAUCCAAUCUGCUUACAGAGUAGUGAAGGAAAUUUAUAAUGUACUAGAAUGUGGUUCCAAUACUGCAAAACUUAUUGAUGCAACAAAUAGGUUUUAUACGUUAAUUCCUCAUAAUUUUGGAGUUCAAUUACCAACAUUAAUUGAAACACAUCAACAAAUUGAAGAUUUGCGACAAAUGCUUGAUUCAUUAGCUGAGAUAGAGGUUGCGUACAGUAUAAUCAAAAGCGAAGAUGUAUCUGAUGCUUGUAAUCCUUUAGAUAAUCAUUACGCACAGAUUAAAACUCAGUUGGUGGCAUUAGACAAAAAUAGUGAAGAAUUUUCGAUUCUUAGCCAGUACGUAAAAAACACUCAUGCAUCUACCCACAAAUCUUAUGAUUUAAAAAUUGUUGAUGUAUUUAAAGUAUCUCGCCAAGGAGAAGCAAGGCGCUUUAAACCAUUUAAGAAGCUACAUAACAGAAAAUUAUUAUGGCACGGAUCACGUUUAACUAAUUUUGUUGGUAUAUUAUCGCAUGGUUUAAGAAUUGCUCCCCCAGAAGCGCCACCAACAGGUUAUAUGUUCGGAAAAGGCAUUUAUUUUGCGGAUAUGGUUUCAAAAUCCGCAAAUUAUUGUUGCACAAGUCAACAAAACUCUACUGGAUUAAUGCUUCUAUCUGAAGUUGCUUUGGGCGAUAUGAUGGAAUGCACUUCAGCGAAAUACAUUAAUAAACUAUCAAAUAAUAAACAUAGUUGUUUCGGUCGUGGUCGCACCAUGCCAGAUCCUACUAAGAGCUAUAUAAGAAGUGAUGGGGUUGAAAUUCCUUACGGAGAAACCAUUACUGACGAACAUUUAAAGUCAUCGUUAUUAUAUAACGAGUAUAUAGUAUAUGAUGUUGCGCAGGUCAAUAUUCAAUAUUUGUUUCGUAUGGAAUUCAAGUAUUCUUAUUAAAUGCCUUAAAUUAUAUUGAGUGAUAUUGAUAUUAAUAAAUUGGAAUUAUUUU